UAUAAUCUCUUAGAUAGGCAGUAUAUUUCUCAUUAUUGCUUCUUUUACGUACCUAGUGAAAAUAAAUAUAACGAUUUAUUAUUUUUCUUUCUAAUUCUAAAAUGGACAUAUUAAAAAAUGUAUAUCAAUAUAUCGUAGGAUACGAGGACCCACGAAUAAAAAAUUGGAUAAUCUUUUCACCUUAUACAGUCGUAGUUAUUUUAUUCUGUUAUUUUUACUUCGUUUUUGUGUGUGGACCGCGGUUUAUGAAGAAUAGAAAUCCAUAUUCGUUAAAAACGUUUAUUAAAUGUUACGAUAUAUUUCAAAUUAUGAUGAACGGUUUUAUUGUGUAUAAAUUAAUAAAGGGCGGUUGGUUUACCAGCCUUUCGAUAUAUUGCGAACCUAUCACUUAUAGUACAGAUCCUGUCAAAUUAGAGUUGUUAAAUGCCUGCUGGUGGACAGUAUUACUAAAACUUAUUGACCUAAUAGAAACAGGAAUAUAUGUGCUCCGAAAGAAAAAACGGCAGAUUUCAUUUCUGCAUUUGUAUCACCAUGUCUCAACAAUGUUCAUCACUUGGGUGUUUGCAAAGUAUUACUCCGAUGGAAUGGGCACAUUUUUUCCAUUAGUGAAUUGUAGUGUACACGUGAUAAUGUACACAUAUUAUUUCUUUAGUACAUUUGGUCCAAAUAUCCAAAAAAUUCUUUAUCGAUAUAAAUACUUGCUUACCAUCAUUCAAAUGAUACAAUUCGUAAUAUUGAUUUGUCACGCCAUGCAAAUGCUUUCACCGAAUUGUAAUUAUUCUAAAAUUCCUGGUGCUUUCAUAAUUUGUAAUUAUUGUAUUAAUUUCAUAUUAUUUUAUAAUUUCUACAAGAAAAACUAUUUAACUGGAAAAGGGAAACAGAAUUAAGGUAAAUAUGCAAUA